AUGGAAUACACCAACACCAGUAAGGUGAACAUCUCUUUAAUAACUUCUGAUCAUAAUAUUAAAAUCACCAACAAUGAUAUUGCUGAUAUUCAUAGAAGUCAAGGAUUAACUGAUGAUGAUUUUGAUGUUGAAGGAGAUUCAUUUGAUGAAGAAGGACUGGUAAAUAGUGACUAUUAG